AUGAAGUAUCAUGCUGCAUACAACUUACGGCGUGAGUGGAAGGUGACGAAAGAGAAACUGGAAAAACGCCCUACAAAACACACCGAACCCGCUCAGCUGUUCAACGUGCGCAAAUCUCAGCAUGGAGCCCAUUGCGCCGAGUUUCUUAGGAAGCCUGUGUGGUUCGUCAGACCACCGGGAAACGACGACACCCAAGGCAAAGGGCAUGCGCGAGACCUUUGGCAGGCUGUCUCCAAGUCCAACAGGGAUUUUUACGUCUUCUCGGCUCACUAUGACGUCAAAGGUACGACGUUCUGGGAUAGCGGCAGGGCGAUUGCUCCAGUUGUCAGGAUUAUUGGCGUGUCAAGGAAAAAGCUGUUGGACAAACCUCUGUUUUGUCAGAUGUGGUUCAACCAAACAGAUCAACUCCGAGUAGAACAGGCUAUCUUAUCUGGGAUUCCAGAGGGACACGACAAAAACUAUUCGGCUGUCUUCUUCCUCUGUCCUCUGUGGAUACCCGGACUAGCUCCAUACGCCGUUUCCUUGGUGACAGCGCAAUGUUCCAAGCCUUACAACCUGAUGUACGUUCACGAGUCUCCAAGGAAACAGCUUCCGGCCAAGGAUUUCACAGUUUGUGUCAGUCCGCUGAACAGGCGGUAUAACAGAGUGAACGAGUUGGUGCAGAUGAUUGAAUUCAACCGGCUAUUUGGGGCAGACUUCUUCGUCUUCUAUAACUUCAGUACUGGUCCAAAUGUAGAUAAAGUUUUAAAUCAAUACGCCAAAGAGGGACUGGUCCAAAUUGUCCAAUGGCAUGUGCCUUUAGAAAUGGACACCUGGCCACAAAUAAAUGAAGUUGAGAUUCAUUAUUUCGGGCAGUUGGCCGCCCUGAACGACUGCUUGUAUCGGAACAUGCAUUCCAGCAAAUUUCUGGUGUUUUCUGACAUGGAUGAACUUAUUGUACCAAGGAAGCACAAAUACUGGUCCGCCAUGUUGGAUGCUCUACCGGAAACCAAUGUGUACCAUUUCCGGUGUACGUUUUUCAGACGCGAUUGGCCUGAAUCCACUGAUAAUUUCACCCAACUGUCAACAGCUAAACGCUUGAAACUCGACUAUUUGUUGACGCUGGAUCGCGAAUCCACCAUUCUGCCGAUUUACUCCCGAUCCAAGUUUAUUUUGGAGCCAGGCAAUGUGGAAAUUGUGGGAAUUCACAACAUCUGGGCCGUACGUUCAGGAGCUCAACGAGAGCACAUUGUUGAUCCCACUGUUGGGCUAUUACAUCAUUACCGGAAAUUGGAACAAUCCGCAAACCGGACACAUGAUCCAGCCAUUCUUGACUUUGCCAAUAAUCUUGUACAUAGAGCAAAAGAGAGAUGGCUAAUUCUGCAAAAUAUGACGAUUCGAGAAACUCAUUUAUCUGAUAAAAAUGACUUAUAG